ACAUCACAUCAUAACACAACAUUAGCCCAUCUUAUCGCGUUGCAGAGCAAAUUCAAAUUUUCGAUACAUUCGGCCGCGCUGAAUGGAUUUUUACGUGAUCCAGCCGACCUUUCAACCAGCCGCGCGCCGAUUAAGCUAAAUGUGUGUAUGACAAAUCACACAUCACUGAAAUGCGCCGUGCAAAAUAGUUAAUUCGAUAUGUGUUAUCCGCGAGCGCGCGACUUGCACAAGUUCAAAACAAUUGCGGCAGUUAAAUCGAAAUAAAAUGGUUAAAAACCGCCUGAUUCCGCCGACGAAAAAGCGCAAAAAUCGAAAUAAAAACCACGGAAUCAACAGCCGCGAACGCGAGAAUUUCAUUUGGAGACAAUGGAUACGAAUUUGGGGCAUAAAUCAGUUUUUACUAACUUCUGCAGUGAAUACAAUCGGUGCAAUUGGCAACACAAUAAAGAAAACUAAAGAACACACAUUUAACCUCACUUUGGCGCUGCCAAGAUGGUGUCUUAAUCAAAUGCUAACCAUAUCAAAACAACUAGAAAACGUUACAGGUGCGGAUGUUGAACGCCAACAACGCCAAAAUCAAGUUUCACUAAUCCGGGAUGAUUUGGUAGCACCAAAAUUAAAUGGUGGGGCAAUACACAAGCUUCCAACAACCCCGCAAACGAAUCAAAAUCAACCUGCCACUCUCCAACUGAGCCGUCCACUCAAUCAAAUUAUUGAAGACACUUUUCGCGAAGAAUUCGCCAAUACCUACGGCAAUUAUCAUAAUCUACGUCAGAGAACCAGCCGAAAGUUACAACAACAACAAAAACCUCCACAAUCCACACCACUUCAAAAACAAUUGAGUAUAACUCACAUAAAAACCAAAACUAAACGUCAGACAAGUAUUGAGACCAUUAGCGAAGAAGUGGUGACACCUAAAAAGGACCCGAAAGACCUCCAAAGUGAUAUUAGUAAUACCCACAAAGAAAUCGUCAAAACCCUAACCCAAAUCCUCUCGAGAAGUGAAGAAUUACGAAAAACUCUCAUGGGUGGACAAAUGCAGGACGUACGCAAGGAUAAAGGUCCUGUGCGGGUCCUGAAUUUAUCCCUCGGACAACACCAAGAUUCUGUGAUAUACAGAAUCAAAAGAAACACGAGUCUACAAUUCAGGUUAGGUCCUAACCUCUUUGGGAAACGCGGAAAGUUAUUUUUUAACUACCCAGUUGGUAUCAGACUCUUCAAAAGAGAUGAAUACCAAGACCUAGAAUGGAGGUUGGAUGACAACUGCAAAAACUCCGAUGAUACUGCUUACUACGCCAAGUUGAAGUUGACUCUCCCAGGUGGAUAUCAUUAUUAUCUGGAAGACAGAUCAGAUAAAUCAAUUCUAGCUUCCGGGUAUGUUUUGGUUGACCCAGAACUCAGUUUCGGUCCAAAUGAACCCCUGCCAUUGGACUGUAUCCAAUGCCAAACUGUUUUGGCAAAGUCCCUUGGACAUUUCAACACCUGGCCUGGGAAACUCCUUGUGGCCAAGGAAGCCGGAUACAACAUGAUUCACUUCACACCUAUCCAAGAACUAGGAGAUUCUAACUCCUCGUACUCCCUAAGGGAUCAACUCAAACUCAACCCGCAGUUUAAUGAUAAACAUCACGUAACCAAAGAGGAACUGAGUGAUUUUAUUGAGAAGUUGAGGAGUGAAUGGAAGAUGCUUUCUAUUUGUGAUAUUGUAUUGAACCAUACAGCUAAUGAGAGUCCAUGGUUGGUGGACCAUCCGGAAGCGACUUACAAUUGUUUGAAUUGUCCGUAUUUGAGACCUGCGUAUUUAUUGGAUGCGGCUUUGUAUCAGUUUUCCAGGGAUGUCAGGGAUGGAGUUUAUGAGACUUCCGGGAUACCGAAAGAGAUUUCUACUGAGGAUCACCUCAAUGCUGUGAGGCAUUGUCUUCAAACAGAGGUUUUAAGAAGACUAAGGCUUCAAGAGUUGAUUAUUUGUGACGUGACCAAAUUAGUCAGCGAAUUUUUGGUUUUGGUAAGGACCAGAUCACCAUAUCCAGCUGGAAAUGGUGAAAAUCUACCAGGGAUACAAAUUAUAACAGAUAGAAAAUACAAACGAAUGAAAAGCACUGUAAAUAUGGAACUAGCCCUUAAACAUUACAAUGUCUACAGGAGUGAUUGUUUUGAUGAAGAAACCCGUAUACAAAAGUGCACAGAAGAAUUCAAAAACACCCUGGAUGAACUCAACAGAAUCCUAGAAGAUAACCUCCAAAAUGAUUUGAACGCCGCUGUAGAAAACACAAUCGCCGGGAUAAGAUACUACCGAGUCCAACCGGAUGGAAUGCAAUGGAAAGAAAUCUCCGAAGAUAAACCAUUGAUUUAUCGCUAUUUUACCGAUUAUGGUAAACCGGAAACCUACGCUGAGCAUGAAUCAAUAAUGUACUCACCCAAUGCUAAGUACCUCAUGGCCCACAAUGGUUGGGUGAUGAAUUCUGACCCUCUAACCAAUUUUGCAUCAAAUGCAAAUGUCUACUUACGUAGGGAAUUGAUCGCUUGGGGUGAUAGUGUCAAGUUACGAUAUGGUGAACGUCCGGAAGACUGUCCAUUCCUCUGGAAACACAUGCAGACUUAUGUUGAAGAAACAGCGAGGGUCUUCGAUGGAGUGAGGUUAGACAACUGUCAUUCCACACCGUUGGUAGUCGCGGAAUACUUACUAGAUUGUGCGAGGAUAAUCAAACCGAAUUUAUACGUCGUGGCUGAACUAUUCACCAACUCAGAUUUGACGGAUAAUGUUUUUGUUAAUCGAUUGGGUAUUACCAGUUUAAUCCGUGAAGCGGCAUCUGCUUGGGAUUCACAUGAAGAAGGAAGACUUGUUUAUCGAUAUGGAGGGAGUCCGGUAGGUGCUUUCUAUGAACCUUCUAUACGUCCAUUGACACCUACGAUCGCGCAUGCUCUGUUCAUGGAUCUUACACAUGAUAAUCCCAGCCCGGUGGAGAAACGCUCCGCGUAUGACUUGUUGCCUACCACUGCACUGGUCAACAUGGCGUGCUGCGCCAGUGGAUCUACAAGAGGUUAUGAUGAACUUGUCCCACAUCAUAUCCACGUGGUAGAAGAAACACGUGAAUAUACCGAAUGGGGUUCAGAUCCAACUAAUGUCAGAUAUGUUAACUUCACCAAUGGAAUUUUGCACGCGAAGAAAAUUAUUAACAAACUUCAUCACACGUUGGGUUUUGAAGGUUAUGAGCAAGUCUACGUUGAUCAAAUGGACGCGGAUAUUGUUGCCGUUACUAGACAUAACCCUAUUACACAUAGUAGUGUUAUACUGGUUGCCUUCACUUCGUUUUCCACACCAAAAGAAAGCGAUAUAAAGUCACAGAGAUCUGUUAAACCUUUACGAGUUGAAGGGACUUUAGAUGAGGUUAUAUUCGAAGCAUCCAUUGCGGAUAAAGAUGAAUAUAGUUAUAUACAUGACUUUCAAAAGGAUAAUAGAUAUAUCAACGGAUUGCGAAAUAUGCAGGUGAUUGUAAAAGAGCAUUUCCCAUUGGAAAAAUCAGAAGUUCUCGUUGAACAACCCUCGGGGGAUUGCAAUAUGUUACAAUUUGGGUUUAAGAACUUUCAUCCGGGAUCAGUGGUAGCCAUUAGGGUUUCCCUCAAAAAAAGCGCGCAGAGUUCUGUAAAGAUUCUGAGAAAUCUAAUUGAAUCCCCACAAGUGGAACUAAAAUCUAUUAUUAAUGAUUUGUCCUUGAAUGAUUUAAACCGUGCUCUGUACAGAUGUAGUCAGGAGGAGUACGAUGACGGGUUCAAUAUUGGUUGUUACAAUGUCCCUGGUCAUGGGGAGUUGGUCUAUGCGGGUCUACAAGGAGUAAUGUCCCUUUUGGCAACGAUAAGACCCAAUAAUGAUUUGGGGCAUCCCCUGUGUGAUAACCUCAGGAAAGGUGAUUGGUUAUUGGAGUAUAUACAUAGGAGAUUACAACUCCACAAAACCACCAAACUCCUGGGAGAUUGGAUUGAAGAUAACACACAGGAAUUGAAGAAGAUUCCUAGGUAUUUGAUACCUGCGUAUUUUGAUGCAAUUAUUACCAAGAUUUACGUGGAGUUGAUUGAGGCAUCUGCCCAGAAAAUGGGCGAUUUUGUUAAACAUGGGUCUGUGUUUGUAAGGGCACUGGCCCUGGGGUCUGUACAAUUUGGGGCGUUUGUAAAAUCAGCCCGUUUGCCCACUCUAUCACCAAAAUUGAAGGACCCACCUCCGAAUAUUGUAAUAAUCGGGGAUGAAAUUGAGAUUACUUCCAGUUUAUCAGCAGGUCUUCCACAUUUCGCCACGGGGUACAUGAGAAACUGGGGAAGGGAUACUUUCAUCGCCCUGAGAGGGUUGUACAUCCUAACUGGGAGGUAUCAAGAUGCUAGAUAUAUGAUUCUUGCAUACGCGGCUUGUUUACGACAUGGGUUGAUCCCGAAUUUACUAGACGGAGGAAAGAAUUCACGAUUCAACUGUCGGGAUGCAGUCUGGUGGUGGUUGUACAGCAUAAAAUCCUACGUUGAAGAAGUCCCCGGAGGAGAAAGCAUCUUCCAAGACCCUGUAAGUAGGAUAUUCCCGAAAGAUGACUCCGAAGCCCAUUCCCCGGGUACCUGUGAUCAACCUCUACAUAGAGUAAUGCAUGAGGCUUUAGAGGUACACUUCCAAGGGAUGACCUUCAGGGAAAGAAACGCUGGGAGUAAGAUUGAUGAACACAUGGUGGAUCAGGGCUUCAACAAUCAAAUUGGGAUCCAUCCGGAGACAGGGUUUGUCUUCGGUGGGAAUGAACACAACUGUGGGACAUGGAUGGAUAAAAUGGGUUCGUCCCAGAAAGCGGGUAUCAAAGGGAAGGUUGCAACGCCUAGGGAUGGCAGCGCUGUGGAAUUGAUAGGGUUAUGUAAAGGGGUCAUCACGUGGUUGACCAAGAUGCAUGACGACCACUACUACCCACAUAAUUCCGUACAAAGAAAACAGAAAAAUGGUACAUUUGUCCGGUGGACCUUCAAAGAAUGGGCUGAGAAAAUCCAAGUGAACUUCGAGAAGUUAUUCUGGAUUGAUGAAGCAGAUUCUGAAGUUGAGAAUAAACUAAUCCACAAAAAGAAUGUCUACAAGGAUUGCUACGGGGCAAGUCGCCCAUGGACUGAUUACCAACUACGGUGCAACUUCCCAGUUGCCAUGGUAACAGCCCCAGAGUUGUUCAAUCCUACAAAAGCAUGGAAAGCACUUGAACAAGCAGAGAAAUACCUCCUAGGUCCACUCGGGAUGAAAACCCUAGAUUCUGAAGAUUGGAAUUAUAGAGGAGACUAUGACAACUCAAAUGAUUCCGAGGAUAAAACAAUCGCGCAUGGGUUUAACUACCAUCAAGGCCCCGAAUGGCUAUGGCCCACUGGGUAUUACCUACGAGCCAAAUUGAUUUUUGGAGCGAAGGUCAACAAACUCCCGGAAGCAAUCACACAUGUAAAAGCAGUACUCGCGAAUCAUUUCGUAGACUUACAGAGCUCUGAAUGGCGAGGGUUACCUGAAUUGACCAACGCAGAUGGCGCUUACUGCAGGGACAGUUGUCGAACACAGGCGUGGAGUAUGAGUAGCAUCCUAGAAGUUCUGCAUGACUUACAGCGUAUUGAAAUGUCUAAUUGACACUGCCGCACACUCGUAGAACCCAUCACAUCACGCAGUCAAUCACAACCUGUCUUGAACCCACAUCUUAGUACCACACAGCACUACCGCAACCACACACAAUCUUGUACUGAUUUAUCUACACCUUCAACAUCUACACAACCUUCACAAUUCUGUCAAAUACUUGGAUAUAAACCAGCGCCAAUUUUCAAAUGCUCUUUCACAACUUUACUGAAUCUACCUUUCGAUAAACACACAAAUCGUGUACCACUGCAGUUUAAAAACAACGCAGUUGUAUUGGUAUCUAAAAAACGUCAAAUACAAGAAGAUUUAGAUGAAAUAUCACCUGUUGAUGAAGAUAGGUCCAUGACCUUGGGUGAGGAUGAUGAUGAUGCCACAGUUGAAUUGGCGUCAUGUUCAUCAACUAAAGUGGUUAUAAUGGAACCACUCUUGUUACAAAUGAUGCCUUUACGCAAAAGCCGCACGGAUCCACGCCUCAAUAAACGACAAUUGUAUCAGGAACACAAGAAAAACGUCAGAUUGAUGAUUUCCUACUCGUUUUUGAUCUGCGGUUUGUUGGUUAUUUCAUUCUUUACAUUAUACCUAAGAUGAUUGUAUCCCAAAAUCAAUACUUAUUUAUAUAUCACCAUAGUUACGCUCACGAAAUAAAUAUUUUGCAAAGCGACACCGAAAA